AUGCUGCUAAUUGGCACCCACGUAGCAUGGAACUAUAUGGUACUGAUAUUGCUUUAUUGCAUCAAUUCAAGUUUUGCACCACCAACUCAGCAUGUUUUAGUAAAAAGUGAACUGACACCCAGGAAUUUUUACAUGAAACUGAAAGAUGCAUAUGAAACUUUGUUAAACUUCUUCAGGCCAAUGACAUGCCGUCAUAGAGACGGACAAACCUUAAUUCCUUGCGAUGUAGGAGAGGGCCAUAACGCAACUGAAUGCUUGGAAAAUAAAUGUUGUCCUUCCAAAACUCCCCGUGAACCGCAAUGUUACAUGCCAUUUAAAGACAAUCUGCAACUGAUAUUUCGAGUGCUUUUGCUUGUGGCAGGAGGACUUUUGAUUUUGGGGUGCCUGCCAUUGUGUGGCUGUGCCUGUUUGCAGAGAAGCCCAUGUGUCAAUCCUUUACAAAAGGCAAGCAUAAAAGUAAAGCAAACUGUGCAGAAGAAAAAAGUGCAUAGUGAUGACACUUACGCCCCUUUACUGGAUAGCCUUGAGAAAGACUCUUAAGGACCAUAAGAACAACGGGAAAAGAGGAACAUCCACCUGAUCUCGAAAACCUCAAGCAGAAGGACACCAGAAUUUCUUCAGUAUGCCCUAGAAAAUGAGAUGCCCUCUGUUGCUAGGCUGUACCACUUAUGGCUUGUGAGACAUCCAGACCUGGAAUGGAAAUAGCAACCAGAGUUGCAAUGCUUUCAGCUCAAGGGACUGGUGGUGUUUCACAGUAAGCUUGCCCCCCACAGCCAGCUUUAGAGAAGAGAUCGGUAGCUUUUCAACUGCGUAGUGUGAUGUUAUCAAAUAUUUUGAACUGUAAUCUUGCAAUUACUAUUAAUGUUGCAUUAAAAGAUUAUUUAAUGAAGGAGAUCAUGCAGAGAACAAGCAAUAUAAUGGCUCCAAGCAGCUUGCCUCCCACAUACCUGGAAAAACUCCCUACUGCUACAGAGGGAGGAAGAACAGUUUGUGCCAGUUCUAAACAAUAGGUUUCACACUAAAUCUGUUAAGACCUGUUGCUUUUGGCAACAAAACCUUACUCAAAGGCACGCAUUUAAAUUUUAAAAAGUGGAGCUCGGUGAUUAAAGACAAACACGGAAUAUUCUAGCUUCUGCUGUGCAUUGUUUAGUAUUCAAAGGCAGUUGUGGAGGUGUUGGCUGUCUGGGUGUUGCUCUCCAGCAUGUGUUGUUUAACCUCUCUAAGCAUUUCAUGGCUAGAUCAUGUUCUGACAAAAAUGAGGGUAAUUCUAAAGCAGAUGAAGUUGCUCUAGUGCAAAACUUGUUGGAGUAACUGAAGAGCUUUAGUUCUACUUUGAACUGAAAUAUUUCAUGUUGUAAAUUUAUGCGUCUGUUGCUUUAGUGCUCAGUUGGCAGGACUCUAACACAGUGCAUCUUGCUUUGGUAUCUAUGACAAUGUCUGCCUGGUGUUUCUUAAGCCUUCACUUGAUGUAUUUCUUUUUUCUGUGCAACACACCAAAAGCUGAGUAGUGUGAUGGCGUUAAUCGUUUGGCUAAAUCUAGACAAGCCAGUGGCUGCACAGAGAGUUCUAGGUGACAGAUACUUUCAGAAAUUGGUCCACAUUAAAGAACAUGUAAAAUAUGGGGACAUUAUAAACAAAUUAACAGACCUGCACCAAAAAUAAUAAUCAAAAGAAAAGAUUACUAGAACUUGUAAAAUCACAAUGAUGAUCUGAGGCCACAGGCAGAGCGUGCUUUGUAAGAAGAUGGCUCUUUCUUUAUUUCUAAAGUUUUGUUUUUAUCCUCCAGUACAGCAAAACUGGACAGAUAUUCCACAUGAACUCGUCCUUGCGUCAUGAUUUGUAGAUGCAGAAAAUCCUCCAGGCUGUUCCACCCUCCAAAGAAAUGGGUGUUAGGGCACAACACCAUGUUUCUGGUUUAACAAUAACUUUACAGAGGGCUGUUGUGUCAGGGUUUUUUUCCUGUAAACUGAAAAACAUCACCAGGCUGUGAUAAUGCGAACGCUUUCAUAUAUUGAUUGAGUUCCUGCUGUCUUGCUUGUCAGUGCCUCACUCUAUAAAGCCUCAUCAGGUACCUGCAAAAUGGUGCCAUAACAAUAGAGCUGACUAUUUAUCUACUUUUGGAUACCCAUCCCUUUGUGUUUUACAUUAGUUGGGUUUGGGGUAAUUAAUAUCUCAAGUUUCUCCAUCGUGACAAUUGUAGGUUGCUCUGUCCUGACUUUGUCUUUUCCUUGCAUCAUGGAAUUUGGGCAAAGCAUGUCCAAAAUGUCACAUUUCAAACUAUGCACAAGGAAGGCCAGGGAUUUAACUGGCCUUUAAUUCUCUACAUAUAGGGAGAUUGGACCUGCUUUACUGGUGUGCAAAUACCCAGUAGCACUUGUAAUCCAAGACAUAGCCUGGAUUUUCCCCUUACAGAUCUCAGUGAACUUGCUGGUGAGUACUCAUUCUGCUUAAACAUAGUUUAUAGGAAAAUCAAAUAAAAAAUAAAUAACUUCACCUCUAUUUUUCCUAACAUUUUUUCUUUUUAUCUUGUUUUCUGCUCACUGUGAGUAAAGCCAUUCGGACAAAUUUAUUACUAAGCAAAAUAAAACCCUACCUCUGAUAAAAUUGACUGGUUAGACUGGAAAUAUAGUGUUCCUAGCCAUUUCUUUACAUAUUUGAA